CAGUGUCGCGCUUGGCACGUUAGCAGCAAGGUACCCCUCAAACGGUACCAAUCAGGACGCAGCAGAACGUUCCCCCGGGGGGAUUAUAGUUAGCGUGAAAUAGAGAGAGAGAGAGAGAGAGACACGGUGCGAUGGUGCGUCCGUUGGUGAUCGUUUCGAUCGCCUUGUGGUGUUUGCUCGGUGCCGGCGAGCUGUUGGCCGAACGGCCACCGUUCAAAACCGAUGGAAUCCACGCAGAGGAAGAGCCCGUGGUCAACGCUGAGGCUGAGACCAGCUUCGUGCCAGCCCAGGAUGUAGACGAGAGCUACCGCCUACCGAAAACGUCCGUUCCGAUCCAUUACGAUGUUCACCUGACGACGGACAUUCACCGGAACGAGCGAACCUUCACCGGUACCGUGGCCAUUAAGCUGCAGGUGAUCGAACCAACCGACACGCUAGUGUUGCACCAGCGCGGUUUGCAGCUAUCGUCGGCCAAGAUCUCCUCGCUGCUGGCCGGCAUCGAUGGUCCACCAACAGCGAUCGGAGAUGUGACGUUCGCAACCGAAACACAACGCGCGCACCUCUCCCUCACCGCACCGAGGGUGCUGCUAGCUGGCUACUAUCUGGUGGAGAUCGAGUACAGUGGCCGUCUGUCGACGGAUGACGAUGGAUUUUACGUGUCGUCCUACGUCGCCGAUAGCGGAGAGCGCAGAUACCUGGCGACAACCCAGUUCGAGUCGACCAGUGCACGGCGUGCAUUCCCGUGCUACGAUGAGCCAGCGCUGAAGGCAACCUUUACCAUCACAAUCACGCACGGCGCUCUGUACAGUGCCAUCUCGAACAUGCCGCAAGAAUCGCGCGUUGUUAGUGGAGAGUCGGCGACCACGAAGUUCCUGCCUACCCCGUUGAUGUCAACGUAUCUGAUCGCGUUCGUUGUGUCCGAUUUCCUGUCCCGUGGUACCGAUCCGCAUCGGGUGUUCGCACGGCCGAACGCAUUCCAGGAGAUUCCGUUUGCGGUGGAAGCGAGCAACGUGAUCCUGAAGGCGCUCGACGAUCAUCUGCGCGUUCCGUACCAGGACUACAUGCCGAAGAUCUACCAGGUGGCGCUGCCGGACUUUGCUGCCGGUGCCAUGGAGAACUGGGGCCUCGUGACGUACAGAGAACAAUUACUAUUGUUUAAUCCGGAGGCAAACAGCUAUCGGACGAAAACGAACAUCGCGACGACCAUCGCGCACGAGUACGCCCACCAGUGGUUCGGUGAUCUCGUGACGCCCCAGUGGUGGGAGUACAUCUGGCUCAAUGAAGGAUUCGCCACGCUGUACGAGUACCUGGCGACCGAUCUGGCCUACCCGGGCAUGGAGUACUGGGAGCUGUUCACUACCCAGGUCAUCCAGGCGGCCAUGGUACCGGACGGUUUGGCGAGCACCCGCCCGAUGAACUACAAUGCGGCCACUCCGGCCGAAAUCUCGGCACUGUUCGAUCGCGUCGCCUAUCCCAAGUCGGGCAGUGUGCUGAACAUGAUGCGCCACGUACUCGGUGAUGAUAACUGGCGCGCAGGGUUGCAGGGCUAUCUGCUCGAUCGUGCACUGAAGGAGGCCACGGAUGAGGAUCUGUACCGGGGGCUGCAGCAGGCGAUCGAGGGAAAGGGUGUGCUACCGGCCGGUGUGACCGUCGGGCAGAUCAUGCGAACCUGGACGAACGAAGCCGGUUACCCGGUGCUGAACGUACGCCGAUCAUACGACACCGGCGAGAUCAUCAUCUCGCAGGAGCGCUUCUACUCGGACCGUAAGAUCCCGAACACGAACGUGUGGAUGAUUCCGUACAACUACGUCCACCAGGCGGUGGCCGAUUUCAAUGAGUUCGAUGAUUUCAAGUGGUUGGCCACGAAGGCGGAUCGCUUCACAACGACGGUGCCAGCGCACGAGUGGAUCAUCUUCAACAAGCAGGAGGUCGGUUACUAUCGCGUCAACUAUGACGAUCACAACUGGGAGCUGAUCACCAAUGCGCUGCACGAGUGCUUCGGAUGCGUGCACCGGUUGAACCGGGCUCAGCUGAUCGACGAUUCGUACUGGUUGGCCCGUUCCGGGCGGUUGGAUCUGCGGGUUGCCCUGCGUCUCAUGAGCUAUCUGAAGCACGAGCGCGAGUACUCACCGUGGGCUGCGGCUGAUGUUGCACUGUCGUACUUCAAUAGCCGUCUGCGUGGUACCGAAGCGUACGAGCAUUUCAACACGUUCGUGCACUCUUUGACGGAGCCACUGUACAGUUUGCUGAACAUUGAUGGAGUCGAUGCGCAGGAUUCGCUGCUACACAAGUACCUUGUGCAGACGAUCUCUAGCUGGGCCUGUCGGUUGGAGCAUCCCGAUUGUCUGGCCCGUACUAAGGCGCUGCUAGCGACGGAAGCGAACGGUGGUGCAAGGGUUCACCCCGAUCUGGCUACCGUGACGUACUGCUACGGUAUGCGUACGGCCGGUGAGCGAGAGUUCCAGUACGUGUACCGCAAAAUGAUGGACUCGAAGAAUUUGGUCGAGCGCACGAUGCUGAUCGAUGCGCUGGGUUGCUCGUGGAAUAAGGAGUUCCUGCACGCGCUCAUCAUGACGGCCCUUGGUAAUACGGAGAUUAACUAUCGUGCGGACGAGCGUCGCCGUGUCAUUCAGGCGGUGUACUCUGGUAGUCGCGCUGGCGUCGAUACGCUGAUCGAGUUCUUUAGCGAUGCGCAACUGACCAGUGAGUUCGUUAGCGGUCUCGGACAGUCGCAGCUCAACUCGGCCCUCUCUGCCAUUGCUAGUCGUACGAAUAAUGCAGCGGAAUUGGUACAGCUGAACAGUCUCAUCACGACGCUUGGUGACCGUGUCAAUUCGGCGACAGCCACCAACCUGCGCAACUCGGCCCAAGCGAACCUGGACUGGGUGAACGGAUUCGAGGGGCUGAUGCUGACCGACUUCCUAGAACAGUACACCACGGAUCUACAGCAAACGACGACGACGACAGAGCCCACGACUACCACCGUCACGGCAGCUACUACUUCUAGCACGGUUCAACCUGACACCCCAACGACUACAACCCUUAUUCCUCCGGCGACGACGACGACGACGACGACGGGGGCCCCCACCACCACGACGCAGACACCAGAAACGACCACCGAAGACGAUGGUGGUGCGGCCACCAUCACUGUCUCGCUAGCAGCCCUUCUACUCGCCAUCGCCACACAUCUGCUCGGUUAAGCGCAAGGAAAUGCAGUCACACGGACCACAGGGACCAACCGCGCGAUCUACUAGCGACGCAAUUCGGUGCGAUGGCGGGCGACGUAAAGCCCAAACCCCAAACCGGGUAUUAGUAUUAAGCUUGUCCGCUAUCUGGAGCUGUAAUGCUAUCGAUUGAAAUAAAAUGUACUAGAAGAACCGA